GCAACAUUUUCAGCUCCUUGCGGCAGCCGAAGGCAAAGUGAAGGCUAGAAAGAGUUUUUUCCCCGAAGAAAACGCAAGCAAAGCGAUUGUUUAUCCUCAGCCUGCGGCACCAGUUUCGCUUUAACAGGUUUGUGGAUGUUGUUUUAAUAAUUCCUCACUUUACGACGAAAUUUGUACGCGUAAAAGUGUGCGGUGCAGACACAUUCCGUGCGUACGGUCACAAAAGCCGGCUUUUCGUUGCUGCUCUCCCUCUCGCUGAGGUCUGAUACUGGUGGCCAUGGCUGCGGAUGAGGCACAACUCAUCUACGAGCUGCGAAAUGUGGGGUAUGAAGGACCGUUUCUCGAUCAGAACUAUGCGUCGACGGCAAUCUUUGCGGGGCCGCAGAGCGGCGAGUUUCAGGACAUCGUCCUGUGGCUGACGGAGGAGAUCCGCAUCCUCGGCAAGCUGGACGAGCGCGUUGGGAAGAGUGAAGAUGCCAGCUCGUUCAUACUGGAGCUGUCCGCUUUUCUCAAGGAGCUCACCUGCCCGUACGCGAGCCUCACGUCCGGCCAUGUGUCGGACCGGUUGCAAACGCUCGAAUCGAAGCUGCUCCUGCUAGACUACCUGAUCAACGAGCUGAUGGCGUUCAAAAUGCUCGAAUCGCUCAAGCCGAAGGAAAAGUCGACCGUCAUCACGCUGCACGAAUCGCCGACCGCGGCCGCGCUGAAGGACAUCUGCAUCACGCUCGGCAUGGGCAAGCCGCCGAACAAUGUGCCACCGAAGGCACUGUUCGAGCGCAUUAACGCGAGCCUCGACGAGACGAUCCGGAAGGCGGGCGAGAACCGGCUCAGCAAACCGCUGUUCAGCCCGAAGGAGCGCCUGACGGCCGAACAGUGGGCCAAGCUGGAGAAGCUGCAGAAAGAUCUGGACAGCGAGUACGAUCUGCGGCGCAAGAUGCUGCUCACCCGGCUAGACGUGACGAUCCAGAGCUUCCGGUGGUCGAGCCGCGUCAAGGACAAGGAAGGCGUGAUUGCGGACCGGUACGCGGAAAAGCGCAAACUGCUCGACACGAUGGAGGUCGGUGGGCGCGACACGGACAUUGCGGCGCUGCUGGCGGCCCGCGAAACGCUCGCCAUCAUCGAGAAGACGAGCAGCGCGUCGGUGCGCAAGAACACCAAGAGCAAGAUCCAGCGGCACAUCAUUGGGCGCGUGCCGGACAGGGGCGGACGAGCGUACGAGCACAAUCCGCCGCCGCUGGAAAUGCCGUCCUGGCAAACGCAGCGCAACACUGGCGGCGGUGGUGGUGGUGGUCGUGGUGGGUUUGGCGGUGGCAGGGAUAUGGCUGGAGGCGGACGAGGCGGCGGUAAUAAUGCCGGUGGUGGAGGAUUUCAGCAACAGCAGCAGCAGGGAAAUUACUCCAACAAGGGCUAUAACCAGGGAGGAGGUCAAAACUACCAUCAGGGAGGCAGAGGAGGAUACAACCAUGGUGCCGGAAACGGUACGGGUGGUGGCGGUGGCGGUGGUGGCUUCCAUCAAGGUGGAGGAGGUGGUGGAGGUCACAAUCAGAACCGGGGCAGUCGUGUACAAGGCGGCUGGUCGCAACCUCAACAGGAUUACAACCACAGCGGGUACGGAUCGGGAUCGGGACGCAGCAGCUACAGCAGUGGCAGCGAUCAGUACAGCAACAAUUCCGGCAGCAGCAGUCGGGCCGGCUACAGUGACCAUCGCGGCGGAGGCAACUACAGCGACCGUGGCUACGGAGGAUCGGACCGUGGGUAUGGGGGCGAUCGGGGCGGUGGUUACGGCGGCGGUGGUGACCGAGGUGGUAACGCCGGCUAUGGAGACAACCGCAACAACUACGACAACGAGUACAGCAGCCGGGGUGGCGGUCGUGGAGGCGGCGGACGUUCCAACUACAAUCGAGGGGGUGGACGGCGCUGAAAUCCAUUCCCGUGGUCACGUUUCAGUGUGCAUUUUCUACUCGUUUCCUGCCAUACAAAGAAAAUUGGCAUAAGAUACAUGUUCGGAUCAUACUAUCAAUAAACAAGCGGCAG